GUCAAAAUGUCCUUCGAAUUUGUAACAUUUUGAGAAAAAAAAUGAGUUUUAUGAAUAUUUUAAUAAAUGUCAAGAGCGGUCACCCAUUAGGGCACAAAAUGAGAGGAAUGAGGAACCUGUCAAGCGUCAUUCGGCGCGGAUAAUGCGGUACCGGGGUGGGAUUCGGAAGAAAGCAGGACUGUAUUAAACACGAAUAUAUAAAUGACAUAUAAAGGACUGCUGCUCAGGUGUAUGAAGACCAGCUUCGGGUCUGUAAGUUCCACGGCGUUCCACCGGAUCAUUCUGAGCUCAGCGUUGUUCUCCAUCCUAAAUCAGCUCAUCCUGUAAUACAGGUGGUGAGGCGGUAAAAGCUGCACGAAAUGCGCCACCACCCGCACGCUGUGCUCAUCAUCAGUAUCCUGCAGGAAAAGCCCGCACCCGCCCCGGCGGAGCGCAUCCCAGGUGUCUGAUCUAAGGUGGCGUUCAUUUAGGAGGCGGUGUGUCUUUUAGGGGCUGAUCGCCGCGGUCACAUGGGCCGGCUUUUAAGCCCCUGCCUCUCCGCUUUGCCUCCGAUGGUGACGAACUGGGCGGCUGCGGGACUUAUAACGGAGCGCAGUCCGGCGCGCUGCGCUCACAUCGCCGCCUCGGUCCGCUCCCGCACGUAUCCGGCUCGGAUGUUUCCUCCACGAGCGGCCCCUGGAAAAGGAUGCGGCUUUUUAUCUGUACAACUUUUUUAGGAUUUCUGCUGAAAACAGGCAUCGCUUUGCAAAUCCAGUGCUACCAGUGUGAGGAAGUGAAGCACAACGACUGCUCCACGCCCGAGUUCAUCGUCAACUGCACAGUCAACGUGCAAGACAUGUGCCAGAAGGAGGUGCUGGUGAAGGAGGAUGGUAUUCAUUACCGCAAGUCCUGCGCUUCAUCCGGGGCCUGCCUCAUCGCCUCCUCGGGCUACCAGCAGUUCUGCACAGGGAAGCUGCACUCGGUCUGCAUCAGCUGCUGCAACACACCGCUGUGCAAUGGACCCCGGCAGAAGAAGCGGCCCAUCCCAGCAGCAGCGCCCCCUGCUGGGGGGAGCAUUGCCCUCCAUGCAGCCUUAUUUUUACUGCCCUUUCUGUUGACGUAAGCCCCC